AUGGAGGACCCUUCUAUGGAUGCGGACAAGAUCCGCAAUAAGAGACUCGCCAAACUCCAGCAGUCUCAACCGCAGCAGUCGCAAGAUGCCGCAUCCGCAGCCUCAGUACCAGCCGAGGAGGGUUCGACGUCGACACCAUCGUCACGGCCAGAGACGCCCAAGGCCGACACCCAUCAAGAGCCUUCACAGAACGAGGUGCCCGCACCGUCCAUCAAUAUAGCGAAACCGCCAUCACCUCCGGUUCGGAUACGGAUCGCUCCAGCCACCGUCACACCCCAGAAGCGAGAAAUGGAUGGCUUAGAGAGACCAAGUUCAAGACAAGGUUCUCGACAGAAUGAAACCAUCGAGCAGUGGGAAGACCGCACUCUCAGGAGCAUUUUCCGCAUUACCCUGGAUCCCAACCAGACGAAGGACACAUCAGGACAUCCACUGCAUGUCAUCCCGCAACUCAGAGAAGAGCUGGAGUCAGACGGGAAGCCGCUAUUGCUGAACACCGAUCUGCUCGAUCAGGCGAUCAUGGAGGCCGGCGCGAAUCUCGGAAAGCUGACACCGCAUGACUGGCUGUUCGGCUGCUGGAAGCGAAUCACCAGACUGAGCAAGUCUGUCAAAGACCGGUCACCCGAGAACAAGAGGUGGACCAUCAUUACCGAGGCUAAGAGGCUCUGUAUGAGCUGGUGCAUAUUAUCUAUCACGACGCCUGAUGUGUUUGAAGCGCAGUACGACGGAGUUGCUGCCCUCGCCGAGCACCUGUUAGCCGAUCCCGAGGACGACGGAGGUGUAUGCCCCGACUUCCUGACAGAAGUCCUUGGGCGAUUCGACGAAGACGAGACCAUCAAAGAUGCUUUUGUGGGUGCAGUGGAAAACCUCAGUAAGCGACUUGCUGGCAUGUCGAUGGACUCGGACUUCAGGCGAUAUACUACGAUGUUGCGAUAUCUGAUCAGGUAUAAACCGGUAGCAGUGGCCAUCACUCGGUCCCCUAUGUUCGUCGACAAGUCAGUAGCGGCAGCUGAGCUAGAGGUUAAGACAAUCCUUGGGCCUUAUUUCCAACUGUCGCCGCUGCAAGCAGCAACGACUCAGUCAUAUUUCUCAAGCCCGAAGACCAUGGAUCCGGGCAGGAUCAGAAACUCUCAACAGUCGCUGCAGUUGGCGCUGAGAACGCAUCAAUCGGAACUUUUCGACAUCGUCAACACACUGGUACGCGCAUCACCAGAGGCACGAGAUCGGGUCUUGGAUUGGUUUGCUCUAGUGGUCAACUCAAACCACAAACGUAGGGCGAUCCAGGUCGACAAGAAGACCGUGUCGAGUGAUGGGUUCAUGAUCAACGUCACCACAGUUUUGGAUCAGCUAUGUGAGCCCUUCAUGGAUGCUCAAUUCUCGAAGAUGGAUCGUGUUGACGUCGAUUAUCUGCGAAGACAUCCUCGGGUGGACAUUAAAGAUGAAACAAAAAUCAACUCGGAUCAGGAGCAUUCUGACGAGUACUACAAGAACCAGCUCGAAGGAACCAACAACUUCAUUUCCGAGUGCUUCUUUCUGACAGUCGCUGCUCAUCAUUACGGGACGGAGGCUGCUCGAAACAUGCUUAAGGAUAUGGACCGGAGUCUGAAGCACAUGGCAAAGCAGAUCGAAGAAUUCGAGACGCAACGACACAGAUACAUCAACAAUCCUGCGCAACUCACCAUGUUCGAGAACGCACUUAAGAAGUACAAGACCGAGCAUGACAAGGGUUUGUCGUACAAACACGCAGUCACGGGCGUACUGCUGGACGAGCUUACUCAGACUCGAUCGAUGCAGUUCAUGCGCUUCGUGACUGUUUGGCUACUCCGUCAGGUAUCGUCUCAUCGACAAUUUCCAAAGCAACCCUUGACGCUUCCUCUGUCCCCUGAUGAACCUGAAGCCUUCAAGAAUCUCCCUGAAUACUUCUUGGAUGUUAUUAGCGGCAAUUUUGGCUUCAUCAUGUACAACCUGCCUCAACUCAUAUCGUCAACACAGUCAGACGAGCUGAUUAUGCUUUGCAUUACUUUCUUGCGCAAUUCCGAAUACAUCAAGAACCCUUAUCUUAAAGCGUCGCUGGUUACCAUUCUCUUCCGGGGAACUUGGACGUGGCGUCAAGGUGGAAGGGGUAUACUGGCGGAUCAGUAUAACAGCAUGCCCUUCGCCACAGAACAUUUACUGCAUUCUUUGAUGCGAUUCUUUAUCGAGGCGGAGUUCAUGGGCGGACAUGGCCAAUUUUUCGACAAGUUCAACGUGCGGUUCGAAAUAUUCCAAAUCAUCAAGUGCAUCUGGCCAAACACGGUAUACCGGGAUCAUCUGCUAAGGGAGGCCAAAGUCAACAUGGAGUUCUUUGUGCGAUUCGUCAAUCUCCUGCUGAAUGAUGUCACGUUCGUGCUAGAUGAGUCGUUUACAGCUUUCCACACCAUCUACGAUACUUCCAAAGAGCUCUCCAUGGCGGGCACAUCGCUGGACCAGGAGGCACGCCAAGCGAAAGAGGAAGUCUUGGAACAGGCGAAGGGCCGAGCGAAGUCUUACAUGCAGCUGACCAACGAAACGGUCGCCAUGUUGAAGCUCUUCACGGAAGCCCUGGCCGACGCAUUUACCAUGCCCGAAAUCGUGCAGCGGUUGGCGGACAUGUUGGAUUACAACCUCGAUGCAAUGGUCGGCCCCAAGUCCAACAACCUCAAAGUCGAAAACCUGCAGGAAUACAACUUUAACCCGAGAGCGUUGCUGAGUGAAAUUAUCGACGUCUAUCUCAACCUCGGUGAGAAGGAAAACUUUGUCCUCGCGGUGGCUAGAGACGGCCGAUCCUACAAGCCCGACAACUUCGUCAGUGCAGGCAACAUUAUGCGCAAAUUCAUGCUCAAGGGGCCCGAAGAGCUCGACAGGUGGCACCGCCUGAUUGAAAAGUUCGCGCAAGCGAAGAAAGAGGACGAGGCCGCAGAUGCCGACUUGGGCGAGAUACCCGACGAGUUCUUGGAUCCGCUCAUGUACACUCUCAUGGAAGAUCCCGUCCGGCUACCUGUGUCGAAGAUUGUGAUUGACAGGAGCACGAUUCGGAGUCACUUGCUGAGUGAUCCACAUGAUCCAUUCAAUCGGGUGCCCCUGAAGAUAGAGGAUGUCAUUCCUGCAACGGACGUCAAAGAGCAGAUCCAAAAAUUCAAGGACGAGAGAAUGGGAAGCGCACGCAGGGAGUUUGUAGAGACGGUCAAGACAGAGCCUGCUGGCAAUGCGGAUGGUGAGCCUAUGGAUCUGAGCUGA